AUGGCAUCCAAAGAGCCCUCGCGCAAGCAACAGAUGACAGCCCAGGAGGCCGCGAUUUCCGCAUUAAAGGGCGUUCCGCUUGGAGAGAAGGGCGAGGCUCUUCUACAAGAUCUUAGAAGCAACGAGAAGUGUGCUGCAGCAGCACUUGCACUUCUCAGGAUCUUGUCUGCACAGGUCGCCGAGGAAGACCAGCAUGCAGAGGCACUGUCUAUGUUACGAGAGUUGAUAGAUUCUUCUGGCAGGGGAUCCUUCGAGGUUUCAAGCGGAAAGAUAGCUAUGGAUAACGUUUUAGGAACUAGCACCUAUUCGGGCGCUGCGCUUGAUGGCACAUGGAAUUUCCUCAUAGAUGACAACGAGGACGGGGACGCACGUGUCUGUAGAUGCUAUCACUCCUCGUACCCCCUGCUGGACGCAGAGAAGGAGGCGGAUAGGACGGCAAUGGACAAGACCUUUACGGGAGAAGAAACAACCUUGUCCGGAGAUCAUGGGUUCAUGUUCAUCUGCGACGGUGCGGUCCACAAUACGGAUGAGGCCGUGCCAAAGGACACCGCUAUCUGGCUCAAAGGUGACAGAGCGACAAAAUGGUAUAGCUACCAUGCUGCCCUUGCUACAGAUCUGCUGCUCGUGCAUGCGGCGACGGAAAAGCCGUACGGCUUUAUGAUCGAAAUUCCGGAUGAGCAGGUUGUCACCGUGCAGAAGGAUUCAAACGGCGUUAUUGUUGGCUUCUACUUUGAGACAAGCUACGGGGACGAGGACGAUGAGGACGACUUCGAGGGCUCACUUGCUUCUGAAGGCUCUGACGAGGAGGCAAACUAA